AUGAGCAGCAACUAUGCUCUGCCGCUAAAGGCUGCUCCUGGCCCAGCUGGUACCGUACCAACGUCAGUGAUAGCGUCAAGGGCGCCAUCCGUAGUCGUGCAACCGGUGGUUGUGCAAUCUCGUCCCACUACUGGACCGCUACCAACAAAGAAACGUAAUCGUUUACAAGAAUGGAUGGGCAAGGCAAGUCGCGGUUGCAGACGGCAAUGUUGUGCUCUCUGCACAUUUUUCACUAUACUUCUUUUAAUAUGCGGUAUAAUUGCAGCCAUUGUGCUUACACAGGUUCUUAAGGCACCUAAGAAUGCUCAAAUAUCAUGGUUAGCACCAGAAAUGUAUCGCAAUGGUCAAAAUCAACCUGUUCGGAUUAACAUGAAUGCUGAAGAUGAGCAGGUACGAUUACACCUGCAAGGUGCUAUGCCAUUUAAAGGAAACUACAUCAGUUAUUAUGAUUUCAAAACGAAUCGAGUGGCAGUAAUUGACGAAAGCCUGAAGAGCAAUGGAAAGUAUUUGGCAUGUUUUGUGAUGCCGUUGGAUCGAUCGAUGUUACGCGAUGAGGAAGCGAUGCGUAAGGCCAUCGGAGUUGCAAUGCAUGUAAGCCGACGUUUACGCACCAAGGACCGGCUAAAAUUGCGCAACUCUCAAACCCAAGGAUGGGCUGAGAGCUGGCAAUACCUACCCGCUCCCGUAAUGAAUGGGCAACAGAUGUUCAGUAAGCCAAUCCCAGAAUGUGAAGGAGCACGAUGGGUUCAAUUGGAGUAUGCGGGAACAAAUCAAAAGAACCGCAAAUGUUCGGAUUGCUAUGAUUUCUGCUUGCCGGAUUACGGUAUUGAGCGCGAUGCGGUGCGUGGAGAGGAGCAACUCAACAUAGUAAAGCGUAUCUGCUUCUAUCUAUUCGUACCCGAAUGGCGCACGUACGCUCAGGCAAACACAAUAGAGCAAAACCAGCGCGAUUUCGAGACAUACUACCGUAAUCGUAAUCAUCUUACAACGGCUUUUGGUGGAAGUGGUAGCGAUUCGAAAUGGAUCACACUUCAAGGAUUACCGCAAACUAUUCGGAACGUUACCGGGCAGUUAGCAGGACAGGUGGGCAACGCUGCCGCUGGAGUGGUAAACACCAUAGGCGACGUCGCACAAGGAGUACGAGCCGGGGUGUUCGGACAGAAUUUGCCUUCAGAAUCAGGCUAUCAGAGUGGAAAUAGCAAUGGAUAUAAUUCACCAAUGCACCCUGGUGCUUUCGCUCCUGCUUCAGCAGUCAAUGGAGUAAUGACCAUGAAUGGAGUGAAUGGUCAAAGUGGAAGCAACGCCUACAAUAUGAAUCCGGAGAGCAUUGGUGUUGGGGCUUAUGGAGGUUCUUCACAAAGCUUGUAUCCAAAUAUGAAUGGAUAUCCUCAGGAUGGGGAAAGUUUCUGCAGAAAUCUCAUCAAAAUCAAAGUUUACAUGGACCUUACGUAG